CGGCUUCGCAGCUCCACGAACAGUAGAGACUCCCUCGGCACAGCAGUGACCGGCCUGGCUCCCCGGAGAGGGGCAGGGUCUGAUUCCGAUCUCACUCCAGUUCCACACCUGAUUCCCCUGGGGCUCCUCCCAGGUGUCCCUGGCCGGAGCGUGGCCAUGGGGUGUCAGUCCAGAGCGACUGCUCCGGCGCCAAGUGGCGAGUCCCCGGCGCCGUGGGCGUGAGCGCUGCAGAGACCCUCGCUCUCGGCGCGAGUCCGGCUCGGCGGCAGGUCCCCAUGGUGUGAACGUGCCGCGGCUGGGGAGCCGCAGUCUGGCGGGCCCCCUGUCUGGGUCCGGUGCUGGGCCGCCGACGUGCCGGAGCGCGGCGCGGGGGCCGGGGAGCGCGCCGCGGGCCACCCUGGUCCGGCCUGGCCUGGGGCGGCAUGAAGGCCGGCUGCCCGCUCCGCGCCCCGGCUCCCGCCCGCCCCCGAGGCCGCUCCCCUCAGCCCGGCGCGGCGCUACUGGACCCCCGAGCUGGGGAAUGAUGCAGCCGGGGCACUGAGGCGCCGAGGCGCGGUGACCCCCCCGGGCGGAGCCACCGGCGCCCAGGGAUGGGCAACUCUCAGCGCAAGCCGCCGCGGAGCCCCCGGCCCUGCAAGAUGGACUCGGCAACAGCCACCUCUAACCUGGACCUGGAGAGCAAGAAAACGCCCCACUCCAAAUUGCCAUGGCAACAACCCAUGAACGUGUUCCUGGCCGCGGGCAGGUCGCCCUGCGUGGAGGAGCUGCACCAGGAGGCCCAGUUCAAUCUCCAGAGCUUGCUGCAAGAGGAGUAUGAGGAGCAGUACACAGAGGCUAGGGUCACUGGUCAGACCUUCCGCUACGCCAGCCACCUGCCCCUGGACACGCCCCCUGAGCCCUCUCCCAGGCCCCUGCCCGCCAAGCGCCUGGAGUUCGUGUUUAUGCCCGCAGCCCGGCGCGUGAAUGAGGACGAGGCCACCACACUGGGGGUGAGGCCCCCAGAGCCAUUCCUGAGCCUGCCCACCACCCCAGACAAGCAGCCGGCCUGGACCCGAGCCUUCCCUUUGCCCACCGUGGAGGAGAAGAGGUGGCACCAAUCCUGCUCCAUCCAAGCCAACAUUGUCCCCAUCAAUGUCUCUGGACAGCACUUUGAUAGGCACGCGAGUGUGCGGCACUCCUUGUUUAACACAGAGACCGCGGUGAACCCCAAGUCCACGCUGCGGCGGAGACGGACCAUUAUCGGAUUCCCUAACCUCGCGCUGCGAGACCAAGGCAGCAGCAACGGCCCCACAUUCACGCCGCACGCAACCAUCGGGGAGUCAGUCUCCUGCAGCUUUGUCCCCGAGGCUGCAAAUGGGAAGAGCGUGCCCCGGCAGCCCUGCACCCCACCGCCCCCAGCAGCGCCACUGAGAAAGACAUUCAGUGACCUUGGGGGAGGCCUGCAGGCACGCUGCUACCAGCCUCCUGCCAGGAUGGAGAACACAACCACGGCUUGCACCAGCCCUGCCUGCAACGGGCCAAAGGACACCACCUUCUCUCCUCCCUGGAACACAGCUUCCUUCAACUGCUUGAGCCCGGCUGAGGAGGACGCAGCGUAUCCCUCGCCCAGCAGCUCCCCGAGGUCCCCAGCCCUGGGUUCGCCUGAGCACUGCGACGGUGUGGCCUCCUUCUUCAUCGCGAAAGACGAGCAGCCAGGAAGCAAUGGGCCCCAUGCGUUCUCCUGCACUGCUCCAGAGUCCCCACUGAAUGCUGCCAGCAGCCAGAUGCCUGAGGGGAGAGAGGCCAAGGUGACCUUCUUGGCCGGUGGCACAGAGGAGGCUGCACCCUCCCGGCUGGAGCUGGGGGGCAGGGCCUGCCCGUUCCGCGAGAGGUCGCUGUCUGUGCCCACAGACUCAGGCUCGCUCUGCUCCGUGGACAUCACUUACCCUGAGAACAGAAGAGGCAGCGGGACCUACGCCCUGAGCUACCCCAGCGUCAGCUCCGAGGGCAGCACCAGCACGGAGAAUGUCUCCCUGGGGGUGGAGCAGGAUGCCCAGCAGAGGCGCCGCUCCAAGAGCAUCUCUCUCAAGAAGGCGAAGAAGAAACCGUCUCCCCCCAUGCGCAGCGUCUCACUGAUUAAAGACGGGCAGGGGCUCAGCGCAGAGCCUGGCACAGCGCUGCCGAAGGAGCUGCGGCCCAAGAGCCUUUGUCUCCCCUUAGAUCCUCAGGGCCGUGGCAUGGUGCCCACGGACACCCAGGGUAACACAGCAGUGCCUCCUGCCAGGGACCUGGACGGCGGGCAUUUUUCCCAGCACUGGUGCCUCGCAGACUGGAAAGCCGGCGAUCCCUACCGGUCCCUGUCCGGUUCCAGUACUGCCACGGGUACCACAGUGAUCGAACGCACGAAGGCCCAGGGCAGCUCCGAGUCCCUCCCCUCCCCUUCCAUUUCCAGGGCCACUACGCCCUCCCAGCUCUCCACGGAAGUGGAGCUAAAAAUCUCCUCCCCAGGGCGGCCCGUGAGGCUGAUGUCCCCCUCCAGUGGCUACUCCAGCCAGUCAGAGACCCCGACACCCACCAUCCCCACCUCGGCGAUUCUCGGGCACUCCCCCCACCAGACUGUCAGGGUGAGGCCGCUGGUGCCCGAAAGGAAGUCGUCCCUGCCCCCCCCAUCGCCCAUGGAAAAAAGCCCCAAGUCCCGGCUCUCCUUCGACCUGCCCGUCACACCCCUGACGCACCUGGACCUUUCUGGGCUGAAGAUCUCACUCAAGGGGAAGACCAAGGUGAGCAGGCAUCAUUCAGACUCCACCUUCGGGACCAAGCUUGGCCCAAAGACGAGCCCGAUCCAGCCCGUCAUGCCCGUGGUCACCCAGUCAGACCUGAGGUCCGUGCGCCUGCGCUCCGUCAGCAGGUCCGAGCCAGAGGAUGAACUGGACAGCCCAGACAACGCCGAGGAGCAUGGGGGCGAUGCCAUACCACUUCCGGGAAGGAAAGCGAAGCCGCCCGUUGCAGAGAAGCCACCACUGGCCAAACGUCCCCCAAACAUCAUGGCCAAGCCCCCGCCUCUGCAGGAGGAGUCUCCCCUGGUGUCUCCCACCUCCCCGCCCACGCCACAGGGCAUCUCUGCCCAGGAGAGGGGGCUGCAGGACAUCUACAUGGUCAUUCGGAAACCCAAGCCUAAGAGGAGCCCAGAGGCCAGGAGCCCCGGAGAGCCCCCCUCUCUGCUGGAGCCCUCCCAGGGCUGCCCAGGGAUCUUUUUCUCAGGACUGCGGCGACUGUCCCAGAGCAACCUGGAGGAGGAGCCCAGAGCCCAGCCGGAGAGGAGUGGCGCCCCCCGUGGGCCCGAGGGGGAGAAGAGGAAAGCCAAAGUCCCACCCCCUGUCCCCAAGAAGCCCAGUGUGCUGUACCUGCCACUCACCCCUCCUCCACCCCACCUAGGAGCUUGCCCGGGGGAUCCCAGGCUAACGCCCAGCCCCAUCAUCACCUUGCACGAGGACACCAGCUGCUGCGACCCAGACGCAGACUACCUGCCAUCACCCGAGGCCAUGGGGAAGAACUCGAGCCCCCCAGCUGCUGCCAUGCCCAGGGAGAUUCCUGCAGGCAAUUCUGUGGAGCUCAGCGCUGAUGAGAGGAAUUUUGUAAGUGACAAAACAGCCGAGUCGAUAGUGGAAGAGGAUGAUGAUGUAUUUGUGACGACCCGUACGACAGAGGAUCUAUUUACCGUCAUCCACAGGUCGAAGAGGAAGCUGCUGGGCUGGAAGGAGCCAGGAGACGCCUUUGGCAGCAGGCAGAAUUCUCACUCCCCAGUGAAGAACCCAGCCGGGCUCCCGGCCUGCGAGUCCCCCCCAGCGGGGGGUGGCCCCGGCAGAGCCUCCAGUCGGAAUGAAGACUUCAAGGCCCUGCUACAGAAGAAAGGCAGCAAGGCCAGUCCCGGGACUCGCACCUCCGCAGCAGAGCUUCUCAAGAGCACAAAUCCACUGGCUCGGCGGGUCAUGAUGGAGUUUGUCCCCGAGUUAGACAACCCAAGCGGUGCCAGAACCCAGCCCUGACCACCCCGAGUUCAUCCUGGCCAGGGAGGGGUGGAGACAGCAUUGCUGGGAGUUUUAUGCUGGCUCUUCAAAGCCCAGCUCCAGCUGCAGGGGCUGCACCCUCCCAGGCUGGGUGCUGUGAGGACAUCCUGUCCUGCUGGGAUUUGUAUAAUUUUUUCCUUUCUUUAUUGGCAAUUUACGAAUCUUUUUUGUGUCUCCCUGGGGACUCCAGCAGAUGGAAGGUAAAUGUCUUAACUACAGAGCCCGCCCCCCUGUGCAGUCAGCUCCUGGCAUUGUUUCCGGUGGAGAUACAGUGGAAGGAGAUGGCUGUGGAAUGGAGAAGGCAGACAUCGGUCAUCAUGAGCAGGGCCAUCAUCAGAUGAUAGUGGGCUUCCCAUUCAUUCCCAGGGUCUGAUGACAAGUGUGGACUUCCCUCCUGCUCUUUGGGGCUCUGCAAACGGACUCCAGUUCAGCCCCCGUUGUAACCCAGUGUCCACGACGAAGCUAGCUUGAAACAGUUCAGUCGCUUCGGCAAGUGGUACUUUAAAUGGCUUUGAUCAUGCAAAAUGUUGAUGAUGUUUUUUCUCUUUCAUUUGAUCUUGUAAUUUUCAUUCCCUGGGCAAAGUCCCCAGUGUUGAGUUGAGCUGAACAGAUGGAAAUUCCCGGCAGCAGAGACGGAAGGGCCAGUUAGAAUGUAGGUUGCUUUGGAAAAACGGAGAUGCUUCAGACCCAUUGUUCAACCAAAUUGACCCUCAGUCACUCACUGGCCAGGUUCUAACGCUCUUCUGAGAGCUUCCACCGGUGCUGUCAACUCGAUACCAGCCCCUGGUGAUGCUGCAGGGAGAGAACUGGGCCUGUUGUCAGCCAAAAGGAAGGAACAUCCAGCACUGAUGCUCAGAGAGGGAGCAAGCCCAGGCCAGGCCCAGCUCUGCCAUGAGUGCUGUAUACUCAGCCCAGUGGGAAUCUGUCUGGGCACAAGGGGCCACAUGCUCUUAGCAGGACCAAGGCCUGAAAUGGCAAGUGCCUGGGGCAAACUGAUCCUUGGUGUAGCCUGGCUACCCUUGGGAUUCUGUUCAGGAUGACUUUGGCCCAGUCCACCUACGAAAGGAGGUGCUUUUCUGCAAAGGAAAUGUGAAGGCUGAAGCAACUUGCUGAAGACCGACUUAGCUAGAGACACUUGUCUUCAACCUGCUGUCUCCAGUAGAAAGACUUCAGAUGCCGCUGAGGCUGAAGAUUCUCCCAGCUGCAUGGUAGUAUCUGUCUCCCAUCGCAGACCUCCUCUCUCUGGAGUUCACAUCCCACAUGUUCCUGGAGAUGGAUUCAGUGGCCCAGAAGGACUUUCCCAUCUCUGUCCCCUGUGUAUCUGAGACAUGGAAUGUGACUCACAAAGUUGCUUACGUCACAUGAAGCGAGGCAAGCCAAUCACUGUGCUCUGUUGAAUAAGCGCACCUGCCUCAAGGUUAUAAAGUGCCACGUGUAAUCACAGCCAUGUUGAGAAGGCAGGCGAAGAGUCACUACACACACAUCAGUCAGCUGGGUCUGUCACCAUGGCAUGGGCUCCUGCUGUUCACAUGGUUGCUGACUCCAGUGCCAAGGAGCUGGCUUAUUUACCUGGUCUCAUUUGUGUUGACUGGGUCCAAGCAUCAUGGGUUGGGGCUUGAAAUGUGGCCCAGCAAUUGGUCUAUGCCUAAUAUCUCCACCUUAAAAGGAAGGCAAAAGAGACAGCACUGGAGCUUCCUGUUAGAUUUGCCAGAUGGCUCCUCCAGGGCAGAGUUUAGAAUCGCUGCUCUUCAUUUCAAUUUCAUGCACUGAACUGUGGCAUUUUGCAGGAUUUUGGCAGCAGAUCAGCAUCCUGCUGAGGCCCAUGUCUGCCCCCAAUUAAGGCCCCAAUUUUAUUUUGGUUUUGCCCAAACAGGACCUCCGAAAUGGUGUCUGGCGUAGGAAGAACAGGUGAGAUGAGAACCCAGAUUUCUCUUGGAACUGCUACCCACCUGGGAAUGUGCCAUAGCCCGUCUGCUGCCAGCGUCCCCUCACUCGGUCAGUGGAACAAAUGAAAAAUGAUUCCUUCGCCCUAUUAACAUGCUGUUGACCAAUUAGAAUGUAGUCUGAGGUCAUCUGAUAUUCCUGCUCGGUUCCAGUACCUGGAUUUGUGGCUGCGAAAACCAGCACCACCUGGGUUCCAGUCCUUGAACAACUCGAACAGUUUGUGCAAAGUUGUUAUACAAUGAGCUUCAUAGAUGCCUCAGCAUUUCCAUAGACAUUUAUUCCUCAAUUGGCUUUUGGCCAGGCAGAAACGUAAGCCUUAGUAGAAGCAACAUGUCCUUAGGGAAGUGUUGCAUAUUGCAGGGUAAAAUCUGAAUGCUUAACAAAUAACAUGUUUAGUUGCAUAAAGUUAAAGAGAAGCUACUGCUGGAAUUUAUGUCCAAGAAAAAAUGCCAAUAACCAUGUACAGUAUUGCACACGAUUGCUCAGGAAAAAGAUGCUACACACAGCAGUUAGCAAUGACUUUGUAUGACGUGACUGAGGUGUGAUUUUUAGCACUUGGAUUGUAAAUGUCCUGCGAGAAAGGGACUUUGCAAAGCGAUUCUAAUGAAAAUAGCUGCUUCAGAAAAAGAAUCUUCCCUGGAUUUUCUUCACUAUCAAAAACUCACUUUUUUUAAAACAAAAAAAUAAAAGUUUGAAUCACCACAUCCCAGCCUUAAAAACCUGUGGGUGAAAUCCUGGCUCUUGUGAAGUCACUGGGAGGUCUGCCCUAGACUUCAGUGGGGCCAGGGCAUCCCCCACACAAUGCUUUAACAGAGAACGCGGCUCUUGUUUUGCCAAGUUCAACAUCUGCACCUAGGAUAGAACUGUCACUGCAGAUCUGGAGCACUACAGGGAAUUAAUUGGAUUGCUAGGGAUGGGUUUCCUUAUGUACCACCCAACUGAACUUAAGAUGAAAUUCUCAGACUGGUUCUGUGCAGCAAAGACUGAAGUAAGCCCUAUAGAUAUAUAGGACUUGUUUGUCCUAAGUGGGCCAGCCAUGGGCGAGAUGAAAGAAUGUGAACUAUUUUUGUGUGUUAUGCAAACAUUUCCUCCCCUCUCCUCUCCUCUUCCCCCCACCCCCCGCGUAAGUGGCCUCUUUUGCAAUGUCAGCCCAAUCCCUGCCCCCGACAGCCCUCAGAGAUGGGGAAACCACAUUUUUAUAUUUCUGAAUGUUGUACUUUUUAACUAUUGCAAGCUUGGUAAACUCCAAUAACUGUCAGA